CAGGCGUUGGGCGGCUGAUGGGGUGAAACGUGAAGUUUCCACCGAAGGGGGCAGAGGCAGACACUCUUCUCUGUAAAUUUGGACCUCUCUAAAACCAGACAAAGCCUGCGGAGAACAUUUGUUGUUUGAGAGAGUCUUCCCUUCGAUGUAAAGGCUCUCCAGUGCCGUUAAUAGGGAAGCAAGAGGUGCUGUGCACAGGACGUGAGGGCAGGGUUGGGUUCCACACGCUGCCCAGACUUCUGCAGUAUUGGUGCUGGAGUUUGUAGGACAGCGUGGUUUGCCCAUCCACAUACACCAGCGUGAUUCCUCGUGGAGAUGCCUAUUGCAUAAUAACGUGCGUUCUUCUGAUUUAGCAUAUAGUGCAUCCAAACCGACAGGAGAGCAUAAUGGUUUUGGAAGCAGCUCGUGCUAAACUGGAAAAAAACAUUAUUUCAGAAUAAGCAUGCAGAGGAGAACGUAGCACAGAGAGCGAGGAAGAGGAGGACAAUGAAAUGGAAGUUGAAGAUCAAGAUAGUAAAGAAGCUGAAAAGCCAAACAUCAUUAAUUUUGAUACCAGUUUGCCAACAUCACAUGUGUAUUUAGGUUCUGAUAUGGAAGAGUUUCAUGGAAGAACAGUGCAUGAUGAUGACAGCUGUCAGGUGAUUCCAGUGUUGCCCCACGUGAUGGUGAUGUUGAUACCUGGACAGACGUUACCUCUUCAGCUUUUUCGCCCUCAAGAGGUUAGCAUGGUGCGGAAUUUAAUUCAGAAAGACAGAACGUUUGCUGUUCUUGCAUACAGUAACGUUCGUGAAAGGGAAGCACAUUUUGGAACAACAGCAGAAAUAUAUGCCUACAGAGAAGAGCAGGAAUAUGGAAUUGAAACGGUCAAAGUGAAAGCAAUAGGAAGACAGAGGUUCAAGGUGCUUGAAAUAAGAACCCAGUCAGACGGAAUCCAGCAGGCUAAAGUACAAAUCCUUCCUGAGCGAGUGCUGCCCUCAACAAUGGCAGCAGUACAGCUCCAGUCUCUCAGCCGAUGCCAUGUAUUUCCUUCUUCAAAACCUACAGUGUGGCAGGACCGAACUAUACAUCAAUGGUGGCAGAAAUAUCAAAAGAGGAAGUUCCACUGUGCAAGUUUGACAUCUUGGCCUCCCUGGCUCUACUCUCUAUAUGAUGCUGAAACCUUGAUGGAAAGAGUCAAGAGGCAGCUACAUGAAUGGGAUGAAAAUCUUAAAGAUGAAUCUCUUCCAACAAACCCAAUAGAUUUUUCUUACAGAGUUGCUGCUUGCCUGCCAAUUGAUGAUGCAUUACGUAUACAAUUGCUUAAAAUAGGUAGUGCUGUUCAGCGACUCCGGUGUGAAUUAGAUAUUAUGAACAAAUGUACAUCUCUCUGUUGUAAGCAAUGCCAAGAUACAGAAAUAACUACCAAGAAUGAAAUAUUCAGUUUAUCCUUGUGUGGACCCAUGGCAGCAUACGUGAAUCCUCAUGGGUACAUCCAUGAAACCCUUACUGUAUAUAAAGCCUGCAACUUGAAUCUCAGUGGACGACCAUCGACAGAGCACAGCUGGUUUCCUGGGUAUGCCUGGACUAUAGCCCAGUGCAGAAUCUGUGGGAACCAUAUGGGAUGGAAGUUCACAGCUACCAAAAAGGAUAUGUCACCUCAAAAAUUCUGGGGAUUGACACGGUCUGCUCUCCUGCCUCGGAUUCCAGAAACAGAGGAUGACUCAGGCCAUGAUAGAUCACCGUUACUCUGCCUGUAAUCUAGUAACCUCCUUUGGAGACGAACAGGCAGUAGUCUGUCUCUGAUGCAUCCGCUCAGUUCUGCUUCUGAUGCUUACUUAAACUUAAAAACCCCAAGAACCCACACCAACACACAAAAAACAACCAAGCAAGCAGGCUCACUACAUUUGGGUUUGGUGUGCAUCCACAUUACUAUUGUUUCAGACACACUGAGAACUGAAGGUUGAAUCUUUAAAAUGACAGCUGAGGAGAGGAGGUGGCAUAAGACACCAAGAAAUCUAUGAUCUGGUCCAUCUGGACAGGCUUGAGACUGAACUCUCUCCUUCCUUGUAUAAUUUCAGAAAAUGUUUAUUGCUAUCAACUUGCAGUGAAAGAAGGUCGGGGGAAAAUAAAAUUAAAAAUGAACAGUAUAAUUUACGCAAUAUAUGUACAAUGGUAGAUACCAGUUACUUGCUGCGGAGUAUUUUCCAUAAUAUACUUAAAAGUGGUUUUGCUGAGAAUCCCUGUUUCUAACUGUGUAGAGUACUUCAAAUUUUAUGCUUGUGCUGUUUCUCAGAUAUUUGCUGAAUAACCAUCGAAGAGGGUACAAGACCGAAGUACCUCUUCUGACUGAUACUGAGUUGGUACCAUCAGUGGCAGUGCUGUAACUGGCAAAAGUAAGAGUUCGUGCUGCCUGCAGCUAGAACAAUUGCAUUACAGGAUGCCCUUUGAAAGGAGCCCAUGUGCAGUAUUCGGUCCUUACAAGUUGUCUGAUCUAUGUAGUCUAUUUGACUUAAAAAGUCUUAAAUUUUAUUGAUACAAAAUAUACAGGUGAGUCCCAGAACAUAAACUACAUUGUGAUUUACUGUUGAAUGUGCUUGCAUUUACUUCUCAUAAUUAUUUCUGUGAAGAUUAGUUUACCAGCAUACGUGUCCAGGGUUCUGUGAAGUACUCUCUAAAAUACAUAACUAUGGUGAUUUUUCAGUAGUAUUUAUUUGACAAGGGGGAGGCAACAUCUCUUUAAUUUUUUUUCUUUUACACUUUCAUAUCAUAAAGUAAAAUUUCACAUUAUUACCCUUACCUUACAAAAAGCAAAAGUUUCUAAAUAAAACAGAAAUAAAAAGCAUAAAAGGCAGUGCUGCUUUUUUUUUUUGUCUGAAGUGCUGUCUAUGCUGCAGACAUCAGGUGCCAAAAUGGGACAGCUUUUGCCACUGAUUUAUUGGGGUUUUUUUUUUCCCCUCAGAAUGCACUUUGGUGAUGGAAACUGAAGAUUUUUUCAGUAUGUUUGUGUACAUACACACUUGUUUUUCUUUUGAAGCUUUAUCAUUCACUCUUUAUUUCUUCACAGUAAAUCUUUGAGAACUUGUAUUGUUAAAUACAAUGACACAAAGCUACUUAAGAUUUAAGAUAUCAGCUGCUACUUGCUGGUUCUCAAUCACACCCCUACACCAAGCAUAUGUAGCAUGGACAGAUUAGUUCAGUGAAAGGCCAAGUCAGACCUCUCUAAGUAGCUGAUUUAAAUGGUAGUGUGGUACCUGCUACAGUGCAGCUGAAAAAAUACCCAGAUGUGAAAAGAUGCUAGAUGCUGAAAGGCUGUUAGGGUAGUUUAUCAUGCUAGGUAUGUAGAAACUAAUGAUUGUGUAACUCAGGUUUAGUUCUUUGAAGCCUUCUACCUCUGUGCUUCUGUGAUAACUUUUGUUCUCUCCCUAGGCAUCUUUAAUACCGUAUUUAAUUCUGUGUGCGGUGCUCUGACGUGCCAGUGAACUGUGAAAAGCAAUACUACUUUGAAUAUAAUUCUGAACAAAUAGAGGGUGAAUGAUGGCUCAUUUUCUUCAAGAAAACAUUCUGUAUUUUGAUUAUGUUUCUAAAAUAAGCUUCCGAAAGGCUGAAAUGAUAAGCACUAGUGUGGGAGUGAGACCGUGAAACCUCUGUACUUGGAUAACCACUGAAAUCAUACUUAGCUUUCCCCUCACACCCUGCACAUGCACAGACACACACAACAUGCAUGUGUGUGCACACAGGCACACACACAUCUUAGCUGUAGACUUGGUUUAUUUUUUCCCUCAAGGAUACUUGUAUCUGUUGUUCCCAUUACCCUCAGUAGGGCUUGCGGGUGGCAAGAAGUUUGAGGGUGCUUUAAAGUACCUUUGCUGCCACCCGAUUUAAGCAUUCACUGAGGGUAUGGUGGGUGAGGUUUCCAAAAUUAUUUUCUCAGCUGUUGCUGAACUUCGUAAGGUCUUUGGGGUUUUGGCUGAGUCUUUUGGAUUGCCUCAACUAAAAAUGGCAUUAUGUUGGCAAUGUUUGAAUACAAAAUAGGCAUAUUUUUGGUAUUGUGUAUAUAUAGUCAAAUAUAAGCUAAUAUAAAGUGAGAUGUCGGGAGUAAAUUUAGCACUAAUUUAAUUUUAUUGUUGAUGAUACUGUUCCAUCUGCCUAACCUUCUGUGUCAUGUUCACCAUUUCAAAGUCCGUGGUGCUUUCCAGGUUGAAAACAAGUCUGAUCCAAGUUGCCGCAUAGAAGAUGAAGCCUGCCAUGGUGAGGCUGGCUGUUACAGUGCUACAGGUGUAAGGAUGCUCAAAAUGUACCGCAUGUGACUUUUAGGGUGGAUGGGGAGUUGUGGAUGGUUCUAUACGUUGGUUAAUGUUUUCUAUGCUGCUUUUCUCCUUUUUGGAGAGAAAACUGCUGGAUUGGGAUUGUGGAUUACUGACAAAUAUGGACUUCAUAAGCUUUUGAGAGCUAAGUACAAAGGAAAUCACCUUUUACGAUAAUUUACUAUAUUUACUACAUUCAUUGGUUGGCAUGUAGCAUCAUGCAUUAAUUAAUCGGAUUGGCUUGCUGGCUGCUGCCAAAAGGGGUCAUUUUUCUCUUCUCUCCCACCAUAAUCUGUCCUUCUGAUGUGAGAUCUAGGAAUGGGGCAGUCGCAGGGUUGGUGUUCUGGCUGCGCAGCCACGUCUGCAUCAGGUCAGACGGAGGGAGGAGGGGCGAGCAGGCAUCUUGUAGCGGCAGAAGAGGGACUGCCCUGCGCAGCAGCAGGUCUUGGAUUGGAGUACGUGUAGCAUAGAAUUGCUCAUUUUCAAGCUGUCGUUGCAAUAGCGUAAAGACAUCAUACAAUCGGAGCCUGUAAUAUUGCAAGUUUUCAUAUAUUUUAGUUUAGUUUUGAUUAAUAGGUAGAAUCACGUAGGACAUUUGCACACUGGGUCUAAAACAUGUUCAAAUACCGUUUGUUUUUUAAUAAUGCUAUUUUUGUAUGUGCUGCAAUUCAUUUUGUUCCUCGUUUUUUCACCUUCGUUUAAUUGCUUUGUAAAAGCUGCGGAAAGGGUAGCACGUUCUCUUCCUCUGUCUGCCUUUUGAGACAACUUUUCAGGAAAAUCUUGUUGCUUGCAAACAUUUGCAAAGAAUAAAACUCGAUUUGUUUGAAAA